GCUGUCUUCGCCGCUGCGUGUACCUUCCUCUUCCAGCCGCGUCGAACCCGAGCGCGAAGCAUCCACGACGACGCCCCCAACAGAAUACAAAAAUAAUAAUAAAAAAACCCACAGGUCACGAAUGGAUAGGUAGAUCGCUCGAAGCGAUUGAAAAAUCUGCCUCCGACAAUUCCUAGCGCGAUUCAGCAGCUGCCUCGGAUCGGAUCGGAUCGGAUUGGACCGGCGCCGGAAGAGGAGAGGAGGCGUGGGGGGGUUCGGGGCCUGCCUCGCUGCCGCCCAUGUCCCGCAUGAAACACCUGCUACGCAAGCUCCACCUCGCCGGGGGCCCCGCCGGGGCCGGGGCCGGGGGCGCGGCGCCCGACCACCACCGCUCGAGGCACCGCCGCUCGGGGCAUCCGACGCCGCCGCCGCCGGGGGCGGCGGUAGCGGCCCCCGAGCCGCCGCAACCGGCGGUUACUCCUGCCGCGGCUGUGUCGAUCGCCCCCGCGGUGGAGGAGCCUAGAGGCCUCGAGGCGGAGGCGGCCACGACGCGGCUGGAAGAGGACUACCAGGUGCGCCUCGCGCUCGCCAUCUCCGCGUCCGACCACGCGGGGCUCGUCGACGCGGACUCCGUCCAGAUCCGCGCGGCAGAGCUCAUCAGCCUCGGGGCCGGCGCGGGGUCCGGACACGACCGGAGCCCCGCGGAGGCCCUCUCCGCGAGGUACUGGAACCACAGCGUAGUCAACUACGACGAGCAGCUCCCCGAUGGCUUCUACGACGUCUGUGGCGCGCAGCUGCAUCCCGGAUUCCAGGCCAAAUUCCCCUCGCUCGAAUACCUCAGGGCUGUCCCGCUUGGGCGUGAUGCCCCGUUCCUGGCCAUUUUGGUGGAUCGGGAGCACGACCCUGCCCUAAAACGACUGGAAGAUAGGGCUGCACAGAUUGCUGCGCAGACUAGGGCAGGACAUGGUGGUGCUGCUUCAGCUGAGCUUGCGCAGAAGAUUGUGGGUCUCAUUGUUAAUGCGAUGGGCGGUCUGGUUGAGGAUGCUGAUGGUAUGAACAGGGAGUGGAGCAUCAAGAGCCACGAGCUCUCUCUCCAGCUAAACAGUGUCGUUCUUCCACUUGGCUCGCUUCGGGUUGGGCUGUCGCGGCACAGAUCACUGCUAUUUAAGGUACUUGCUGACCGAGUUAACCUACCAUGUAAGCUUCUGAAAGGAAUAUGUUAUACCGGGACAGAUGAAGGAGCUGUUAACUUGGUCAAAGUUGAUUUUGACAGCAUGGAAUAUAUUAUUGAUUUGAUGGGAGCUCCAGGCACCUUAAUCCCUUCAGACAUUUCUGGGAGUCAGUUUCAGGACUCCAACAAUAGCCAAUUGAGCAGUGAUGCCAUUGAAGAGAGUGUAGCAGAAUUGUGCUUAGCCCUUGAGCAGAUUAAUGGUGGAUAUGAGAACAAAAAUACUAUUGGAGGAUGCUCAUCUGGUCACAGUUCUAUUUUAGCGCUCACGAGUUCACACCUGGGAGAUUUAUCUCAGACAGAACUUAAACAAAAUGUUGUUUCUGAGAAAAAAAAUGAUGGGGAUAUUUCUGAGCAUGUUAAGGUCGAUGAUGUUUCCAAGUAUAUUGUGCCUGAAGUAGUGGACCCACAGUUUGCACAAAAUUUGCAUGACUUACUUUUGGAGAGUGGUGCAUUGCUACCCUCGGAUUUAUUAUCUGAUCAAAAUAAUCAUGACAUUCACGAGAAAGAGAGUACAGGAUGGUUAUUAGUUGCUCAAACAACACAAAAUUUGCCAAAUGCUUUUGUAGCUAAAGAUUCGUCAUCGCCUGAUGAAGAUGAACAACCCCGUGCAGAAAAUACAGAAGCAGCCAUCAGAGAUUUGGAUUUGCAUGGUCAUACUGCUAGUGUUAUUUCCAAUGAGGAUCAAAUGGUUGCUGGUUCUUUGGUGAACAUGUCAGGAAGUAGCAAUGGAAAUUUGGACACGUUGAGUUGGUCUAGUGUAAAAACGAUCAGCUCUGUUAUAGAUGAUAUCGCUGAAUACGAAAUACCAUGGGAAGAUCUUGAUAUUGGAGAACGUAUUGGUUUAGGAUCAUUUGGGGAAGUUUAUCGUGCAGACUGGAAUGGCACGGAGGUUGCAGUGAAGAAAUUUCUUGACCAGGAUUUAUCAGGUGUUUCACUAGAGCAAUUUAAAUGUGAAGUGAGAAUCAUGUCAAGGCUAAGGCAUCCCAAUGUUGUUCUUUUCUUGGGAUAUGUGACACAAUCGCCUAAUCUCUCUAUAUUAACUGAGUACCUCCCAAGGGGGAGCCUAUAUCGUCUGUUGCAUAGGCCAAAUAGUCGAAUUGAUGAAGUACGGAGGCUAAAAAUGGCAUUCGAUGUGGCAAAAGGGAUGAACUACCUGCACUCUAGCCAUCCUACCAUUGUUCACCGUGACCUGAAAUCCCCCAAUCUUUUAGUGGAUAAAAAUUGGGUUGUUAAGGUGUCUGACUUUGGCAUGUCCAGGUUGAAACAUCAUACUUUUCUUUCCUCUAAGUCAACUGCUGGAACACCAGAGUGGAUGGCACCUGAGGUACUACGAAAUGAACCAUCUAAUGAGAAGUGUGAUGUCUACAGCUUUGGAGUAAUCCUGUGGGAACUAGCAACUAUGCGUGUGCCAUGGAGUGGGUUGAAUCCAAUGCAAGUUGUAGGAGCAGUUGGAUUCCAGAACAGGCGACUAGAGAUCCCCAAGGAUGUGGAUCCACAGGUGGCUAGCAUAAUAUCUUCAUGUUGGGAUAGCGAUCCGAGCAAAAGGCCGUCGUUCUCCCAGCUCUUGUCCCCUCUAAAGCAACUACAACAUUUAGUUGUUACAGAAAGCUGCUGACAUGCGUUUCCUGGGACAAAUCUCAGGAUACAUAUAUUCAAGUAUUUAAGCUCUGUUACAGGGCUAAAAUUUUCUUUUUUGAAGCUCGUGGAGGAGUCUCUGCGGUAUAGAUGUGUUUGGGCGAAGGUUCUGCACAUCAGUAAUCAUCACCUUGUGAAAAUGCGAGUCUCUGAAGCCGUGCAAAGGCGCUGCUGGAGAAAGCGUAGUGUGUAGUCUCAAGUGAAGAAAAGUGGUGCGACACAAAGUGUUCUGUGCCAUGGUAAAUAAUUGUUCAGUUCUGGAUUUGAACGGGUGAUAAAUUCACCACAAAGAUAGGAUCUUGAAGUUUUUUCCCCUUGCCUUACAAAAGAUGGAAAGUGAAGUGAAAAAAAAUUCACGGUGUCUGCAAAAAGUCGCAGCCCGAUGCCACGUGAAAAUGUAUAUGAUGUAAUACAGUUGCUUUGGAAAGGCAAACAUAAAGUUCACAGUUUUGUUCGAUAA